AUGGCUAAGCCAUGUAAGAGCUUGUGGGUUGGUGGAAUCAGCCCAUCUGUAUCAAAAGAGGAAUUGGAAGAAGAAUUUCUCAGAUUCGGUAAACUUCAGGAAUUUAAGUUCCUUAGGGACCGCAAUAGUGCGUUUGUUGAUUAUUUUAGAUUGGAAGAUGCUUCUCAAGCGUUGAAGAGUAUGAACGGGAAACAAAUAGUUGGUGGCCAGAUACGGGUGGAUUUCCUAAGGUUGCAACCUUUGAGAAGAGAGCACUGGCAUGACUUCCGUGAUGCGAGGGAGGGACCGAAUUUUAGCAGGAGCAAUGGCCCUCCUGAUUUGCCUUGGAUGCCACAAGAUUUCAUCAGAAACUAUGCCAAGCCCUUACAUUCUGAGUCCAAAAGACAACAGGCUGUUUUACCAUUAAGGUGGUGUUCAUUAUGA